AUGGGUGUACAGAUCGCCCUCCGUCAGAUAUUUGAUCUCCACACGGAAGUUCCGCCGGAAAUCGCCGAGCCGGAGGCUGUUGUCAUAGGUAACCGAAGAAGUACUGGACACUCUCUGUCUAUCGGUGGAUCGGUCGAUCAAUGCAAGACAAAUCAGCCCAAGGCAGCUCCAAAUUUCCCCAAUUUUGUGGGGUUUAGGGUUCUUCCCGGUUCUGAAAGAGAUCAAUGGCGCGGUAAGGCGAGCAGAAAUGCCGGCGUCGCUUCUUUCCCCAUCGGCCGAUUUCCAGUUUCAAAUGCAGGCGUGCAAUCGAUCCGGCGCGCUAUGCAUGCUCCUUGCGAACAAACCGGCAUGGAGAGUUUCUCCCGCAAAAAAUGGGGCAGGGGACGAUCUACGAGCAGCACGAAGAAGGGAUUGCGCGUUGCCGCCAUGAGCGCUAUCCAAGAAUUCCAGCAGGAUUUCGGGGUGGUAGGAGCGGUGGUGGCUGGAGCUUAUCUCUGGGUCCAAGGCUUCGAGCUACUCACUAGAUUCAAUGUCCUAGACCAGAAGCUUUCUCGCAAGCUCGUCCAUAUGACAAUGGGUCCACUCUUCAUGCUUUCGUGGCCCAUCUUCAGCUCUUCGUCGGCGUCCCGCUACAUUUGUUCGCUAGUUCCACUGGCCAACGCUGUGCGUCUUCUAAUCCUCGGCCUCGGUUUAGGAACAAACGAAGGGGUGGUGAAGUCGAUGAGUAGAGAUGGCGAUGCCAAAGAGCUUUUACAAGGUCCUUUAUACUAUGUAGCGGUGCUCUUCAUAAGCACAGUGUGCUUCUGGCUUGACUCUCCUGUUGGAAUGAUAGCUCUGUCUGUGAUGUCGAUCUAUUACUUCACGUAUCUGGGAGUUUAUGCCUUGGAUCCGCUCGAUACUCUAGCUCGUGUCACAUUCAUCUCGCUAGCAGCAACACUUGUGGAAUCGCUGCCAAUCACGUCGUCUUUGGAUGACAAUCACGUGGUCCCAACGACGGUCAUGCUGCUCGGCUCGAUCUUAUUCUGAAGUAAGACUCCACUUUCUCACAUUUUAUUUUAAGCAACGGUUAAAGCGAAA